ACAGCAUGUGGGAUCUUCCUGGACCAGGGCUCAAACCCGUGUCCCCUGCACUGGCAGGCAGGUUCUUAACCACUGCACCACCAGGGAAGCCCUAUCAACUCUUUACUCAGUGCCUGACCCUGUGCCAGCUUGGUAGCUGGGGCCCACAGGGGCAUCCCUUACAGAUGUUGGAAAACGUGGGGAUGUGGGUACAUCUGUAGCUCUCAGCUUCUCAGAGGGGUUCCUGACCCAGAAGUAACUGAGACUUGCUUUCCUGGUGUCUCUGUGCCCCUGGGAGCUUGUGAGGUGGGGAGGCAGUGGCGGGACAGGGAGGGCCUGGGAAUAGCUUGGGCCUCGUGUGGCUGCCGUCCGAGUGUCCCAUGACCAGGAGAGUGGCCUUAGGGGUGGGCUCUCUGGGCACACAGCCAUAAGGACUUGCUACAAGUAGCCCAAAAUACUGAAUUUUAUCGUUAGAAUCCAUGCAGUUUUGCAUCCCUUUUCUUCCUGUCCUGGGCGCUGGGUUUAGCCAGUGAUGACGAUGGCUCUGCACUGUCACUGACGUCAGAUGCUCUGCAGAUGCAGAACCGGGGAGGAGAGAGCACAAGUGUGUCAAACAAAAGCAAGUGCCCGAGGUGCAUGCAGUGCGACACCAAGUUUGACUUUCUCACCAGGAAGCACCACUGUCGCCGGUGUGGGAAGUGCUUCUGCGACAAGUGCUGCAGCCAGAAGGUGGCGCUGCGGCGCAUGUGCUUCGUGGACCCCGUGCGGCAGUGCGCUGAGUGCGCCCUGGUGUCCCACCGGGAGGCCGAGUUCUACGACAAGCAGCUCAAGCUGCUCCUGAGUGGAGCCACCUUCCUGGUAACUUUUGGAAACUCGGAGAAGCCAGACAUGAUGGUCUGUCGUCUUUCCAGCAACCAGAGGUACCUGCUUCUGGACGGGGACAGUCGCCACGAGGUCGAGGUCACGCGCAUUGCUGCCGUGCAGAUGCUCACGGAAGGCUUCCCUCCUGGAGAAAAAGACAUGCACACUUAUACCAGCCUCCCGGGGAGCCAGCCCGUCUCUGAAGGAGGCAACGCGCGGGCCACAGGCAUGACCCUGCAGUACACGGCGCCAGGGGCAGAGGGCGUGACGCAGCUGAAGCUGACGGCUGGGGAGGACGCAAACGGCAGCAGAAGGCAGGCGACAGCAUGGCUGGUGGCCAUGCACAAGGCUGCCAAGCUUCUCUACGAAUCUCGGGACCAGUAACGCCACGUGGGCUGGAUAGUCCGCUAGGGGCAGCAGCACCUGCUCGCCGAGCACGCACAGGCGCAACUAACCCUACAAGUGCUGGAAACGCAACUCAAGUACUCGGAGCUUACCUAGUGCAAUAUGUACACAGUUGAUUAAUGCUCAGAACACCUCGUGCUUUAGAAUUUGUCUCAUCGAUGCCUAAUUGGGGGUGGGAGAGACUGAGCUACACUACUGCUAAAAUCUUUUUAGCAUAAUCUAUACCAUGUUUUUAUGAGUGCCCAAGUUUACUAGAUAGUUCUGGCCCCUUGAUGUUCGUUCCAUUAAUUCUUCCACAGAAGUGAUCUGGGCAGUGGUGACCUGGCCUGAUUUGUACUGGAGCGCAUCUCACAGACUGCCCGUUCACGUGUCACUCAUCUGGGGCUAUGAACAAACCUUUGCUACUUCACAGGGAAAGGAACAAGAUUUGUGUUUUGUACUUUUCACUAUUUCCCUUUAUUAAAAUAAUUGUACAACAAUUUGUAUAUAAAGCUUACGAUUAAAACCUAUUUUGAAAAUACGGA